AUGGUGGACAAGCAAGGAAUGACUCUGAGCUUCACUCAGUAUGAGCUACAGAACACAAAAUAUCUGCUGAACAAAAUAGAGGCUGAAAAUGAUGCUGUGAAACAAAGACUGGUGGCCAGCGAGACUAAAGUGGAGGCUUUGGAAAGGGUGAAUUUAGCACAAGAGGCAGAGGUGACAGCUGUGAAGACCAGACUGGUUGCAAGUGAAACUGAACUGUUGAAUCUGAGGAAGGAAGCAGCAGCACAGACAGCUGAUCUAAGAUCAGUUGCUGAGAGACUGGUAGCCACGGAGACUGACAUGGAGCACAUGAAGAAAGACACUGCAGCACAACACACAGACCUGACCAAUAUGAAGACUGAAGUGAUGAACCUGAUCAAGGAACAAGCAGCACAAGAGGCAGAACUGAUAGUGCUGAAGACAAGGAUAAACACUGGUGAAGCCCAAACCAGACUGGCAGCAACUGAGACUGAAGUAGUGAAUCUGGAGAAAGAGAUUACAGAGAAACCCAAAGUGGCAUUCUCAGCAGGUCUGACUGAUUCAGGAUACAUAGAGGCUGGGAACACUGAGCUGAACUUGGUCUUUACUAGAAUCAUCACCAAUGUUGGACAGGCCUACAGCAACAUGACCGGCUUCUUCACAGCUCCAGUAAAAGGAGUCUACUACUUCAGAUUCACAGUCAUGGAUGUACUAAACUCACGCUUGAUGUAUAUCAGGAUGUUUAAGAAUGAAGAGCAGGUCAUGUGGUUGGGACAGUAUGAUAAUGAUGGACAGCGCUCCUAUUUCUCCAGUGGUGUGACUCUGCAGCUGGAGGUGGGAGAUGUAGUUAACAUGAGACUCCCUGCAGGCCACAGGCUCUAUGAUAAUUCUGAUAACCACAGCACCUUCAGUGGCUUCCUAGUCUUUCCUCUCUGA